AUGGGAGUGGGACUUUCACAGAACAUUGAGUCGAUUCUUGUGCUUCGUUUUUUUACCGGUUUGGUCGUUUCUCCUGCCAUGGCAGUUGCUGGAGGAACAAUUUCCGAUAUAUGGGCCAACGAUCCAUACGAUAGAUCUUUUGCCAUGUGCCUUUUUUGCUUGGCACCUUUUAUGGGUCCGAUUCUAGGACCUAUUGUGGGGGGUUUUGCAGCCGAAUACAAGAACUGGAGAUGGACAUUGUGGAUUUCAAUGAUGUUUUCUGGAGCCAUUUUGGUUCCGGUGAUUUUUAUGCCUGAAACAUACAAACCAGUCUUGUUGGCUUCCAGAGCUAAAAAGAGAGGAAUCCACUUGGUGGUGCCCAAGAUGAACUUGCGCCGAAUGCAGUGGAUUUUGGUUUAUGCUUUCUGGAGACCGAUUCAAAUGCUCAUUUUCGAGCCUAUAGUUUCAGUUUUGUCGAUUUAUAUUGCAUUCGUUUUUGCAGUAUUAUUUGGGUUUUUCGAAGCAUUUCCCAUCAUUUUCCGUGGAGUUUACCAUAUGGAUACUGGAAUUUCUGGAUUGGUUUUCAUUGGAGUUGGUCUAGGGUUGGUGCUCGGUGUUGCAUUUUACAUGGUGCUUGAUCGCUACAAAUAUUUCCGCAAAAAUCCCGACGGAACUCGAGGUGAAAGAGACGAAAAGGGAGAGUUUAUCUGGAGACCUCCGGAAACCAAACUUUUGGCAGGAAAAGUUGGUGCAAUUGCCUUGCCAAUUAGCUUGUUCUGGUUAGCUUGGACAUCAAGAUCGUCGGUUCACUGGAUGGUUCCUACAAUUGCUGGGGUUCCUUUUGGUUUUGGUUUGGUUCUAGUGUUUAUGACCGUGCUGUCUUACUUUGGAAUGUCGUUUCCUCCUACCCAUGUUGCAUCGGCCUUGGCGGUGAAUAAUCUUUUGCGGUACCUUUUGGCUUCAGCGUUUCCUCUCUUUACGGUUCAGAUGUACGAGAGACUCCAUAUCAGCUGGGCAACCACUCUUCUUGCUUUCAUUGCUUUGGCAAUGGUUCCAGUGCUUUUUAUUUUUGAGCGUUAUGGACCAAGAUUGCGAGCAAAGUCUAGGUAUGGAUACGCUGCAUAUUUCAAGAAGCUUGCGAUUGAAAGAAAACGGAAGGAAGCGGAAAGUCAAAAAGUCGAAAGAGCCGAGACAAAGGAGAAUUUAACAGGAAAUCAGAAACUGGAAAGUCAGACCAAGAGUUCUGCCAAUGAGAGUUCUUCCAAUGAAAAAGUUUAUUCUGAGAUUGAACAAAUCGGAAACUUGCCCGCAGAGGUUUCGGGAGUUGUUCCUGCCACAGCACUGGAAAACAGGCAAGGAAUACUUGCGAAUGAUGUGUAA